AUGCCGCGAUUACUAGAAAGCGAAAUUACAAAGUAUUUAGAAACUCUUGAAGAUUCAGAAGAUGGCUUAGACGGCUCGGACUCCGAAGUAGAGGAUGAAGGUCACUAUUAUCAAACAGCUCGAGAUGUUCUUCGGGACCUUGAAAAUAGUGAUGAAGGUGAGAAUGCCCAGUCUGAUGAAGUGGAUGCUGAUCCUCCUCUCGUAAUUAACAACGAUCAAAAUAUGCCAGACCCUCCUAUUUUGGAAGCCGGAGAAGCAGUACCCCAGAGUAGAUCACAAGGGAUUUCUAAGCGACCUCUGGUUUGGCGAAAACGGAAUCUUGUUACUGCUGAAGACAGCCUUAUUUUUAGGGGAGAAACUCAGAUAACGGAAGCAUUGAUGUCUUGUAACACGCCGGCUUACUGGAGUGAUAAAUUUGGUUAUGAUCACAUAAAAAAUACGAUGCCGUUAAAAAAAUUUGAAAAAAUAAGAUCCACUCUCCACUUUGCCGACAAUACGCUAUGCUUACCCAAAGAUCAUCCAGACUAUGACAGGCUAUUCAAAAUAAGACCUCUUGAGGAAAUGCUCAACUGCCAGUUUGGAAAGGUUCCCUUAGACCAAAGGCUUUCCAUAGACGAGCAGAUUCUACAAGGAUAUGCUCAUAGAUUUGAGGUUUACAGUGGAGGGGGCUCCAAAAAUAACAUCUUACCUGGUGAGCCAGAUUUGGGAGAGUCUGGAAAUACAGUCGUCAGGUUAGCUAGAAUGGUACCACGCAAUGUGAAUCACAUUAUAUACUUCGACAACUUCUAUACUUCUGUGCCUCUCGUCACCUAUUUAGCUUAG